GUGGUCACGGGCUGUCCACGGUGCCGCCAGCCCAGCCCAAUUAAAGCCUCUUAACGAACACCCACGGUGAAGAGAAAAAGCUUGGUGGGCUUCCGCUACGCGUUCGCUACCGCCGUUGCGCCGCCUCGAUGGAUUCGGUCGUCGUCCUUGGAUACUUCUCCCUGGCUCCGCUUCCUUGGACGGGCGCCGCACCAUGGCCGGUGAAAGUCCGCCGCCGCUCCCUCCGAUCCCUCCCUCUGCUCAAUCAGCAGCCCCUCCCUCCCUCCGCUCCACUUCUCCCACCAUGGCCAAGCUCACGCCGUCCCUUCAGCAGCAGAUCGGAGAGGAGGUCCCGGCGGCCAGCGAUGUUCUUGGGGAUCCUCAACUGCAGGUUGGUGGGGAGCCAAAGAUUUCCAGCGAAAUUCAUGGGAAGCUGCCGAAGAAGAUCCGCAAGAAGCACGUGGAGUUCCGAUUGAAGCAAUAUUUUGGAGUUAAUGCGGGUAAGCACAUCCAAGAAGUCAAGACAGCUAUGGAAGUAUUGUUUACUGAAUAUACAGCUGAGUUUGAAGAAAAUAUGGAAAUUUUGUCACAAGAAGGAAGUGGUGAGGAGGUUGCUUUGGCUGAUAGUUCUCUCUCGGAUUGGCAGGCGCAUAUAAAGCUUAAGGUAGCUAGAUGCCGCAAUGAGCUGCAACAGUACGUUGAAGAAGGGUUCCAUCCUUGUACACCAGAUUUCAACAUCCUUAAGUGGUGGGAUGUGAACUCGGAAAGGUAUCCAAUCCUUGGCAACAUGGCUCGUGAUGUGCUAGCUGUACCAGCUUCAACGGUUGCCUCAGAAUCUGCGUUCAGCGCAUGUGGGAGAGUAAUUACAGAUCACAGAAGUAGCCUAGCACCUGAAACUGUUGAGGCAUUGAUGUGUUAUGGUGAUUGGAUUAGAUCUCGCAAACCUACAAAUGCUGGACAGGAAAACCGCUGUGAAGAACAAAGCCUCGAUCGCUUGAUCCCCCCAGCGAUCGCUUUUCUUUUUGGAGCGAAAUCCACGCCAACGCCCAACGGCCCAUGCGCUUGGCGGGCUAAAGUGGGCCGACUGGACGCCACUUCCUAUUAGAAAAAUAAAAGUGCAGCAAGUGGCCUCCCGCUUUGGGCUGGCGGUCAGAGGUGGCCAAGAAGUGGUUUCCCACGGACAGGCCCACCUACAGCCUGAAGAGCUACACAGCCCGCUCUCCGCCAAUGCGACAAUCGAUCCAGCCAUGGAUCCGUUCGAUCGCGCCAUUCUCCUCUGCGACAAGAUUCUGUCCAUGUUGAGCCGAUGUGAGAAGCAGCCGGGGUACACAGGUUAGGAGUCGGCCAGGAGCUCGCGGAUGGCUGCGACAACUCCGGCAGCAGUCCAGCUGGUGCGAUGCCCGCGAACUGUUCGACGAUGGGUCUCAAGUCUCAACCCAAACGUCGGCGGCGUUGGGGCCGUGGACUCGUCUAAGUAGUUGCGGAUCGUCUCCACGGUCAGCCCUGGACCUGUGGGAGCACCGCCGCCUUGGACGAAGCAGCAAUUCCACAUUCUCGAGCCUGACAAGCAUACGCUGCAUACGCUGCAUACGCCUACCACCUGUUCGACGGUUGUCCUCAACAUGUGCUCCUAUGCUAUGCGAUAGCCGUCUAUGCGAGCCAUGCAAGACACGAAGACCGUGCAGGCAGGUUUGGUGUAACACCCCUAUGGCACCUGCAGCGCUCCCAGCAGCCACGUCGCUACCACACCAUCCAGAUCAGCUCGGGUUACUUUUGGAUCGGCCACCGCCAUGGCCUCUGUGGAAGACAACAUGCGCGCGCCCUCCACGACGCACAUAUGUGCAUGGCUGUUGACUGUCCUUGUGGAUGAACCGGACACCACCCAGCUAGACAUCAGAGCUGCACGAGCAAGCAUGGGAAUACAGUAGUCAAGUAUGUGCAGGGCUACUUAUAGCUGGCACAUGCAACGAGAUUCAAGUGGGUAAAGUCAUGCAUUUUGAUACUGGAAGGAAGCUUCAGUCAAGGGUUCGAGCUUGGGUAGCAAUUCCACCUGCUAGUUCUAGGAUAUUUCUGUUGCCUGGUUGUCUGGAGAACCAUGACAAGCUCAACUUGGAUGGUAUUUGCAAUGUUCUUCCUACAGCCGAUAACCAGUAGGCCUUCAAGAUUCGUUCAUGGGGUAUUCUCAUCAAUUUUCAGCAAUACAAAAUGCUAAUAGUUGAUGCCCUGGGAAGAAUAGUGGCAUGGAAGGUUGAUGGUACUUGGCUGUACAGGGACAUGAGCAUAAUCAAUGCAAUUGACAUAAAUCUCUCCAUGUUGUCGAGUCCAGGUGAACAUCUUUUCCCUUGUGAGAUGCCUCGGCUGUUCUAUUGCAUUUAUUCUCACGUGAACAACUCUAAGUGGACUGGACAAGUAACUACUGAAGAUAUUAUGGCUGCUUCUGUACCUAGUGCAAUGUGUAGCUCUGAUCCUGGUGGUGUCAGCUCAUAUUACAAGCAUAUUCAUAGUAUUGUUUAUACUUCUGGCAUGGGAUAUACAGAUCUUUUUUCACCACAUAGCAUCCUCUCUACGAUUGUUCAGGCUGCUCAUUUUAAUACAGAGACUAAGAUUACAGACUUGCGUGCAGCUUGUGCCACUUGUGAGAAUUUAUUCGCAAGGCCAUUCCCUGAUUUGGUGGGAUUCUGUGGUAAUAAUAGUGGAGAUCUGGUCAUGUUGUCUGUCAUUGUACCUUGGGACCCAGGCGUUUGCAAUGAGCUGAGUACAGAGAAGUUGAGAUCUGCAUCUAUCGAACAACAAAGUGGUGAGUUCUUGGUUGUUGCUUCAUCGUGUGAUUCUUUUGCUGGCUGCAUGUGCGCCUGGGUGGUAUACUGUGAUUUUCCAGCACGACAAAGGUUCUUCCAAGCAACUAUUGCCAGCACCAUCAGUUAUACUAGUUAGAUGUUAUACCAGGGGAGUGCAUAUGAUGAGCUGUGGGCCAUUACCUAUACAGAGGCUUAUUACUCACAAAGCACAGCUGCAUGACGGUCAUAUUGCCAGGAACAUUCUAUUGAGGUUACAAGAAUUGCCAAUGCCAUCGGCUGAAACUACAUCUGGCAAGAUGUUCAUCUAGUCACUUGAUAUUAAUACAGUUUAUCCAUGGAGCCAAAGCUUCUUUUGCUCCAGUGGUGUUGGUAGAACAUGACAUAUGAAGUUUGAGUAUCAGCGGACAUAUGAAGUUUGAGUAUUAGCCUUCAUGGCUACUCGGUGGAUUUACUCCUAGAGGUACAGUUGCCAAGUCCGAGAAGUGAAUACCCAUAACAGUGAUCCAUUUUCUAGUUUGGCCAUUUGGUCUUUCACUACGCCAUGGGAUCCAGUAUGCUGUAAUCAUCUUGGCAAGCAUCAUGGAGCUCAACAUCAGUACAUUGUGUUGUGGCCCAAACUUUUGUUUGCUUACGAGAAAACAUGGUUCCAUUUUGGAAAGGAUGAGCUGUUGGGUCUUGACCAUCAGGUUACUUGCAAACAAACUCAGUAAAGUACAACCUAUACAGCAGGCAACACUACAAGAAUUAUUGGUUUACCAGUCAAUGGGUUUUGCUACGUGGAGAGCUCAGUUGAUGUUGCUCAUAUUAUGUCAGCAUAGGCUCUCAGGCUCGUGUGCAGUUUGUUCUUUGUGGUUUGAGUUCAGACCAACUUGGAGAAAUACUUACACUAGCUGCCAGAUAUCAGCGAUCUAGUUGGCUGGGUCUGCAAGUAUAACUGAAUCAAUACUGCUAUUUGAUGGGUAUGCACUAUGCAGUAA